GCCGAGCGCGCCCUCCGCCGCCCGCAGAGCCAAUCACCCGCGGCCGCUGGAAGUAGGACAAGCCGCUUCCUGGUUGCGGGUUUAAGGAGGAGCCGCGGAGCCCGUCAGGAGCGGGUCAGAACCGGCGAACACACACCGGACGGAAAGCAGCCGCUACCGGAGAGCGAACCGUGCGCGCGGACGCGUCACAUUGAGGAAGUGCGCGAGCGGCGCUCAGGUGGACGCGCGCGGGGGAAACUCAGGUGACACCGGCUCAGGAUCGUUCCGAGAGACGACAGAAGGAGAGACGUGCAGCUGUGAGUUUAUGGACUGGAGGUGUUGACAGCCAUCACAUUGCUCUGUUCAUCUGAAAGGUGGCGAUGUCUCCAGGAGAGGACGGUCUGAUCGGGAUCCCCUUCCCGGAGCACAGUAAUGAGCUGCUGUCUCGGCUGAACGCCCAGCGGCGCCGCGGCCUGCUCUGUGACCUCACGCUGACCUCCCGCGGUGCCCGUUACCCCACGCACCGCUCCGUCAUGGCGGCCGUCAGCCUGUACUUCCGGCGGCUGUUUGGGGCGGAGGAGGGCGAGGGUGGCGAGGGCGCGGGAGACAGCUGCAGCGUGUGCCAGCUGGACUGCGUGGCGCCGGACGCUCUGGCGGCGCUGCUGGAGUUUGCCUACACCGCCACGCUCACCAUCCGCAGCUCCGGCAUGCGGGACGUCCUGAAGGGGGCGCAGCUGCUAGGCAUCCAGUGUGUGGCCGACGCCUGCCGGGACAUCCUGGGCGAAACAGGCGACGCCCCCACGGAUGCAGUGGAGGAGGCGGAGCCACUGCCAUCCCGCCGCAAGCAGGACCGCUGCUCCGUGUCUCCUGCCAGACCUGUGUGCCGGCGCUCUGAGGACAUACACGGCUACGAGGGACACCCGCCACCCGGCGCUGGGGUGCUGAUGAAUGGAGGUGGGACCUGGCUGCAAGAGGCCACGCCCAUCCCACAAAGACCCGAAGACACGCCCUCAGAGGAGGAGGAGUUUGGCCCGCAGGGGCGGGCCACUCCCCACCACAGCCAAUCACAGCAGGCGGACGGAGGAGGAGGCGGAGCCACAGCUGUGAGUGGGAGGAAGAGGAAGUCCCAGACGCCGCAGCAGUGCCCGGUCUGCCAGAAGAUCAUCCACGGAGCCGGGAAGCUGCCGCGGCACAUGCGAACACACACCGGAGAGAAACCGUUCCAGUGCACCGCCUGCGGAGUGCGCUUCACACGGAACGACAAGCUGAAGAUCCACAUGCGUAAGCACACGGGCGAGCGGCCGUACCCCUGCCCCAGCUGCCCGGCGCGCUUCCUGCACUCCUAUGACCUGAAGAACCACCUGUCCCUGCACAGCGGCGACCGGCCCUUCGAGUGCCCGCUGUGCCACAAAGCCUUCGCCCGCGAGGACCACCUGCAGCGCCACCGCAAGGGCCACAGCUGCUUGGAGCUCCGCCCCCGCCGACCUCGCCGGGCCCCUGGCCCCACCCCCAGCAGCGACUCCCCGCCCCUGGAGUCCUUCACCCUCCACCAGCAGCACGCAGAGCACAUGGCAGGGCUCCUGGAGGGGCCGGGGGUCCCACUGCGGAUUCCCUACCCGGAGCUUCUUUGGCGGGCGGUGGCGGUGGCGGGACCCAUAGGCAAAGAUGGAGGAUCAUCUCCACAUGGCAGCGGCACCAUCACACACAACACAUACGAGGAGGAGGAGGUGGAAGAGGAGGAGCAAGAGGAGGAGUGAUCCCGCCCCUGAGUGUGUGUGUGUGUGUGUGUCUGUGUGUGUGUGUAGCUUCCAUAUAUCAGUCCCGCAGUGGCAUCUCUCUCUGCUCCUGGUGCUGGUGGGCUCCUGAAGGGUCUCUUGUUUGUGUUUCUGUGGUUUUGUCCAAAGCGACGGCGUUUGGACAUUCGUCUUUUGUUUAUGUUGGAGUGCCGAGGAUGUUGACGCUAUGCAAACAUUUGAGUGAUUGAACAAACCUGUUUCAAAAACAGACUAAUGAAUGAAUUGAGUAUGCAGAAUUGUGGGCGGGGAGGGGGCGUGGCCUUGUUUUCUAUGGCGAUGGUGCCACCUACAGGCAAGGCGGUGCAGCGACGCUCAGGGUCUCGUGAUGAAGGGGAAUCUACUGAAGAAUUUACGUUAGCUGCUCUUCAAUUUAGCCUUCUCCAAAGGGAAUGAGUUAUUUUUUUGAAUGAUAGGAGUUUCUUUCAUACCAAAGAGUACUGGCUAGCUGACACUUCACUUCAGUACGUGAAUGCUCCAGAUAUAUUUGUAGCCUUUAAAGCGUCUUCAGCUGGACCAGGUCCUCGUUCUCCUGCAGCUUUGAGCUUGUGGAUCUCAGAUGGUUUUGGUUUACGUCUCUUCUGUUCGGGCUGGAUUUUGAGAGCGGAUCUAGUUUUCCUUCACAGAAAGCGCAGGAUGGAGAAGUCUUUUGUAAACUAUUCUAUUUAUUUAUUUUGGUUUGAUAUUUAUUGUGACUGUCCUGGUUGUGGCGCUUGGGUUCUUCCGCAUCUGCUCUCCUCCUGGAGCCUGGUCUCGGGUCGGUUUUGCCUUUUUAUUGUAAUGGUUGCAGGUAGACGAGGCGCACAUCUGAUCUCAGUUUCGCGAGUGUGUGUGUGUGUGUGCGUGUGUGUGUGUGUAAACGCUCAGGUGUAGUAGAGACUGAGAUUCAGGCAUCCUUUGAUUGCAAGUUUUGCACAAUAAAAGUUCAGUCCCUCCGCAGACCAGCACGACACGAGGAGGAGUCUUGCCUUUUUUGAAGCAAAUGCAUAUCUGAGAUAUUUUGGAAUAUGAUAUUUACACACACACAUAUAUAUAUAUUUACAUUAUGUGAAUCAUAAUAAGUCUCGAAUAACCUCAGAACUAUAGCUUUAGCCGCCUUGUUUCGCUGCAGGAGCUCGUGGCUCUUUCUCCUCUUGAAUAUUGAAGCAAUAUUACCGCAGCCGUGGCCUGAUGUCAGGGUGCAUCCUGGGGGAUUCUGUGUACGUUACUGCUGACAGUUUAUUUGCACUAAAAUGGGAUCUUUCUUUGUGUUGUGAAGUACUGCUCCUGAUUGUGAAUCCUCGUUUCCCCCUUUAUAAACGAUUACGCUCUUCUGAUUGAGUUCUUUGCAGAAAUCUGAUUUUGUUUAUGUGAAAGGUCAAGCUGCCUUAGAUUCUUUGAUUUAUUUGACUUUUGUGCGCAACUAUUCUCAGGAAAUCUUGAGCCAUGCACUAAGUGGUUAUGCAAACGUUUAUUGAAUAUUAAUUUAUUGUAUAUAUUUGUGCUUUGGAGAUACGAGCGGCCUGUGGUUUAGUAACGAUACUUCACGUCUGUUCUGCGUAAGUUUCUUUUCUGUGGAAGCGGUGACGGUAAUCAGGGAUCUGUUUCUGUUCUAAAUCAUUAUUUCUCAUGGUGUACAAAUGAAGAGAAAAUAAACAGAUUUAUGUACAAAGAG